AUGUUUAGCAAAUUUCGUCGCUAUAUUCGGUAUAAAAACAGAGUUACAACAAAACAACAGUUUGACAAACUUGUGGAAUUAAUGGAGAAGCAUCCCGAAACAGGUCGAGGUAAACCUCAGUUUGGAUGCAGCAAAAAUAAAACCAAAGAAUUGUGGGAGGAAUUUUCCGUUGAGCUGAACAAUUUAGGUCCGCCAUCAAGAACUGCGCAAGAGUGGGGACGGGUUUGGAUACACUAUAAGGCAAAUUUGAAACGAAAGCUUACUAACAACAGGAGCAAUUUACUGCCAACUGGUGGUGGACACUCGCAAGAAGUGUCGCUGAAUCCACUGGAGGAAACGGAAAAGGGUGUCGAUACAAUUAUGGACAAUUUCAUUGCUGCUUCAUCUAAUCCUUGUGAAGUUAAAAUAAAAAGCCUUGACCGCCCCACUUCAUGA